GUUCAAUAUACCGGCUGUGCUUAGCGGUGGUUUGGUUUUGGCCGUUGGCAACAACAAACUGCAAUUUUCUCAAUGAGUGGGCAUCCAACUUGAGAUUUCCGUUCCGCGCCAGCUUGUGUUAUUUCCUUUGCUUUCACCGCAAGCUGGAAAGAUGAGCGCCGAUUUCUUGUGGAGCCUCAAGAAUGGCGACCUCGAUCAGGUCAAGGAUUGCGUCGAGCAAAAGGGUUUGGACGUGAACGCCUCCAUUGACGGAAGACCUCCACUACAUCAUGCAGCUGACUAUGGCCAGGCCGAUGUCCUCAGAUACUUGAUAGACAAAGGGGCUGAUGUAAAUGCUAAGGACAAGUAUGGAAUUUCAGCUUUACUAGCAGCUAUAUGGGAAGGCCACACUGCCUGUGUCAAGCUCAUGGUUGAGAAGGGUGCCUCAAAGGAUGGCCGGACGCCCGAGGGACAGACUUACCUGGAAGCUGCGGAGAAACAGGAGAUCAGGGAUCUGCUUCACUGAUGGCACUUCUUGAGAACUUUCGUGAGAUGGGAGGGCAGUGACCCCACACUUUCACUCUAGCCCUCUUGCAUUGUGUCAGUGUUCACAUGGCCAGUGCACAUUACCCGAGUGUGAGGGAAAGGUUAAAUAUUUAUAGUGACGCUCUAUAGCUCAUGUUUUGUUAUUCAAUAGGUAUAACGUUUGCAUUUAGCUUUUUUUUUUUCGUACUGGUCAUGCUUUUCCUUUCCUUUUUUCGUUUUGAGGUUAAAACGAUGCCUUUGCACUUUCUUUCUUUCUUUGCUUCUCAAUUAUACAUUGUGAAGCCUCAACCCGGUCCCACUUACUUUAGUUUUAAAUCUUGUGAAAAUUUUUUCCCACCUUGUUUGUCAUAAUGGGAUUCGAGCAGAAGCACCUUAGCUUUUUGGUGAGAGUAAAGUGCCUUACGAGAACGAAACACUGGUCCCAGGGUUCUGCCAGAAAAACUAAAAAACAAAGCGAAAGCUCUGCACUGUUGUCACGUGACAUGCGACACACGUUGAGUGGCUCAGUUGCAAUGUUUUAAUCUAUCCUGCCAUUUUUUCCUUCCUCUUGCAUUCAAAGUUGUACUCUCUUUCUCUGUUAAAUUUAAUCCUGCCAUCUGAAAUGCUUGACAUCUUAUUUAAGUACUAGCUCUUUCACCCAGAUUAUACAGAGAGACAUCAUUCUUUACUUAACAUUUCAAGUCUGAUAAAGGAUAUGUGAUAUCUUGACAUUACCUUUAGCCCUAAGGAUACAGUCAUGUUUGCUAGUUCAGCCAUUGAAGCCUUCCUUGUUGCUCUAGCAUAGCUGCCACUGCUUGUCUGGUGUCUCCACAAACGCCAUGUGUUCUCAAAUUUUACAUGCUGCCAGUCACUGCAUCACAUUUUUUCUGGCAAUAACAACUAAGUGUAUGCAAUUUACAAUUCUGACAAGAACUGGAAGGCAGCAUGUGUGACUCUUUUUAACUUACCGGAACACGUUCUGGCAUGCUUUGCUGGUUUUACACUUUGUUCUAUACUGCGUGUUGUAAAUGCAGCUUUUUGUCAUCACUAAGGUAUGCUGCACCAGAUUGAAGCAAACAAUCCGCGCGCAAUCUUUCGUAAUAGCUGUUGAAAGUUGUAUAUGCCAGAAAUUUGGCUUUAUCUCUGUGAACCUCACAAGAAUUGUUUAGAUUGGUGUGUAACAUUGUGCAGUGGUCUUAUAUGUCAGAAUGCCCAAAUGUGUGUGUGUAUAUAGGAAGGAAUAUGUACGCCAUUUAUUUUCCCCUCGAACCUCUGGAACAUCAUUCUAGUGUACUUGGAUGUCAAGUUGUGUACAAGGUGUUAGGUACACACUUAGGUGCAAGAUACGUGCACGUUCCCAAAGAAUGAAGCUUUAUAGGAGAUUUUGUGCGCUUCUCACAUUUCUUGAAAGUUUUAGCAUCUGUCCAUUUAUAAAUGGUGCCCUUCUGCCAUUCUAUACUUAAGCAGCCACUCAGUUUAGGGUAGUCACUCCUUGCUGUACUGUGUUCCUUAGAACUGUGGGAAGGACUGUGGUGACCCCUUGCUGAUGUUGUUGCAUUGCAGUAUCAAUGUCCUAUUUUUGCUGUCAUUAUGUGGAAUAAAUGUGCAAACUUCAAAGAACAA